AAGAUGCCACAGCUUCAAGUACUUUAAUCUAUCCACCUAUUAUUACUGGCCAAAGGGAAUGAUUCAAUCCACAGCACUAUGGAAGUCUGGCACCUACCUGGCUAUAUUAGUGAGGCUGUUGCUGUGUUUGGCUGGGGUGAAUAAUGGUUCCUGGCCAUGCAGCCGUGAACGACUGGUUUAUUCAAGCCAAAGCUUCCAUUCACAGAUAGUAGUGGAAGGAGUGCAGCUCCGUUACAGGGGUAAAGAACCUAUUGUGUUACAACACCCAUGUGGAAAUAGUUUUCUUAGUGGCAUUUCUCCAGCCAUGUACCUUGGUGAAAAGGUUUUUCUCAGUUUUGAUGGAUUUGAGAGUAGCCUUCUGCCCAUGACGAUUCCAACAACCUUAGCUACAGCACCUGCCUUGGUCAGUGCUGCAGCGUUUGUGCAGGAAAGUCACAUUGUAUUGGCAAUAAAUGCGAAAGUCUUUAUUUAUUUUUAUGAGCCAUUUUGGUCAUGGAAACAAUCAAAAGGAAUCAAUAGCCCAGUUACUGAGAUCACAAACAGUAUAUGCUGCUAUGCUCCAACUGAUCCUAAAUGUGAUGACAUCAGUAGUUUUGUUUUGGCAUAUGAUGAAGACAAUUCAAUCCUUGAUAGCCACAUUUUCUACUCAGAAGAUGGAGGCAACACAUUUCAGUCUUUACCCAUGAGUCCAUUCCUUGAGGGCACGCUGGUUAAUGUCUACAAUUUUGUUUCCUUAUCACGACUUGGAAUACUUGUCAGUAAAACUGAGGCUAACAUGACAACUGCUCACUUCAUAUACAACCUCCUAUAUAAUCUUUACAGUCACAAAGGAACAUCCUUUGACAUAGAUAAGAAUGAAGAACUUAUUAUUACAGUGCCCCCUGGUCUGAGAGGUUUUAUAAUUCUUUGGACCAAAAAUAUAUUUUUAUUAUCUUCUAACAAUGGACUGACUACAGAAAACAUUACCGUUUUCCCUACAGAAGACUAUCCAGAUAUAGACCUCCCUUUGCAUAACCAAGGGGUUUGCAACGUGGCUGCCACCAGCAAUGAGAUUGUAGCCCUCACCAAGAACCAGAAGCUUUUCUAUGGAAGCCUGGAUAUAGUUUUUUCAAAAAUGGUGCUAAUUGGUGACAGAAACAGUAGUGAGAUUUCCACACGUUGUGAUGUGUUGAUGUUUGAUAAAGCUGGAAUGCUAACUAUCUUAAGCCCUGUCCCUAGCAAUGAAUCUGUAUUUUAUAAUUUUCACAAAUGUAUCAUCAACUUACAGAACAGGCUCAUGAAUGUGCAGCCACACCUGCCUCCAUGUCCUGUCGAGAUUUUAAGUGGUGAUUUCCAUAAUAAAAUGUAUUAUAUCGACAUGAAGAAGCAGCUUCAUUUUAAUGUCACUUUUGUGCCCAAGCCAGGCACUGGGGCUUUCCCAUAUGUGACUGUGAGCAAUCCUCAUGCAUUGGGAUUUCGAGCACGGCUUGUGCAGGAUGGCUUCACCUAUGAUGGGAACAUUAAAUAUAGCUUGCAGAUUAUAUUGUUACAACAACAUAGUUCAGGCAUGGCUGAGACUGAGUUUCAUGAUGAGGCUGCCUUACCUGGAAUGUCUACCCUCACUGUGGAUAUCUAUAACAAAGGCAUAUUCUGCAUUGACAUGCAUCCAUUGACAGCUCUAAUUGCAAUAGACUGUCCACCUACUAAACAUAUAAGGCCUUUUAAAAAUGUAACAGUGUGCAACAAAGGACUCUUUAAUGAAACAAAUCUGCAGGAUAAUUUCAGUUACAUAAUUAAGAGGGAUGUAUAUGAUCCAAGAUUCCUUGGGAGACAACACCUAGAUCAGGAGGACCUCAAUGCUACUUAUUCUUAUGAACGCCUUGGAUGUCCAAUCCUCUUGUAUUAUGAUAACCCAUGGCUUCCAACUCUUGAACUGUGGGAAAAUGAUAAAUUUGUGGAAUAUGUUUCUGCAGACUUCAUAUUGUUUGAAACAAAUGGAAUGCAUAAUUACGAUUAUCUCUUGACUGCAUCAGAAGCAAAAUGUAUCUCUCAGCCUCAAAACUGGAGCACUAUGUUUGAAUGGCAACUUCAUCCAGACCCACAUACUGCAUGGUCCAGAACAAACUAUGAGAGCUGCAAGGUGCCUAGUCUUACACGACCAUUCGAAUCGCCAUCUACAAAAUAUCAGAUUCUAAAUCUCAAUGAAAAGAACAGGAUAGUAUUUUCACAGUAUAAUGGCAUAUAUGUCUUCAAAGUUAUUGUUGUAGACACAAUAUAUAGUUACUGUGAACUAUCAACCAUUUUCAGUGUCUAUGUGCAUGGUGCCUUCCCAAAAUCUCAGAUAAAUGUUGCAGGUAUGCUGAUUGGUGUUCUGAUUCUCAUAUUGGGUUCUAUUUUGAUGGGAUAUUUUUUUCCUAAAUUACUGCAUUUGCAUGGAAAUGCAAAAACAAAAUUACUUUAG